AUGCCGCGCGCAAGGGAAGGUGGCACGAAGGUGGCACGAAGCGAGGGCAGCAGCAGCUCAGGAGAAGAGGAGAGCAACCAGCCUCCUAGAAAACAUCUCCAAACAGCCAAGAGGGCCAACAAGCGCAAGGCAUCUGCCGGUACGAGGCCGACAAGAAAACACAAAGACUGGACGCCUGACAGUGACGAGUACGAUGGACGCUACGAGUCUGAUGGAAGCGAAGAGUCUGAUGGAAGCGAAGAGUCUGAUGGAGGCAAGGAGCCCCCGCCGCGUGAGAAGGCUCGUACGAAUGCCAAGGCAAACACAACCGCAACCAGACCAACCGGAAAGAGCAAGGGUCCGGGCAGGGGCAAAGGCAAAGCGAAGGCCUCCGAGGCCAAAGAGUCCUUGUUCAUGACCACAGACCUGCAAUGGAUAGAUGACGAGAAGAGUUUUCAUGAAGAGGUCCACAGCAGAACACCCAAAGAAGUCUUCGAGGAGCUCGACAGGGACGUUUUGCCCGUCACAAUAGAAGAGAUUAAUCAAAUUCUUCCAGAAGAGCCCGAAUAUGACGAGGACUGGGCCGCCGAAGAUGAAGUGAAGCUUACACAGGAUUGGGAAAAGGGCAGCAGUCAGCAACUUCUACUCGACCAAGACCCUUCAGCUUUCCCGGCAUUAGUAAGGGUUGCAUUCGGAUUUUUUCGCAGGUCACCGAUGGAAUUCAUUUCAUCUAUCCACCACCUCGAAUGGGAUCAGAACCGAGGCGGUGACGCUGUCCUGGCGUUGCAGUACUCAAGCAUGAUGCUGAGAAACGACCGCAGGACUUGGCAGAUCUCGCUCCCCAACAAAGAUCCAUUCUUUGUGGUACUCGGGCAGGUCGUCAAAGAGUACAAGGGCAUAGACAGAGACCCGGCAAAGAUACACAAGGCGGUCCGGAAACGACUCAAGGAUAGCGGCCACGCAAUCCCACUGUUCUCCGAGUUUAUGUUAAGGAUUGAGUUGCUCCGGGGCCAUACGUCAGCCAAACGCAUCAUCUCCAACAAUGUUCAGCCCGUGGUGUACAUGGUGAGCAACGACGAGGCCAACCUCCUCGUGAGGGCUGUGAACCUGGUAUCUACAACAGGGAUGCCAGUGUUUCGUAACGCUCCCAUGUACAAGUCAUACACAAUCGCCCGCGACUCACGCGACCACAAGAAUCCUCCGAAAAAGGCGGAUCUGUCACUUGACCAGGAAAAUGGAGAGUCGGAUUCGGAUGUCGCGGUCGAUAUCUUGCGAGAGAGACUCAAGGCAGCCGAGGCAAAGAGCGCUCGUGAUGACGUAAGAAUCGCAGAACUCGAAGCUGCCGAGGCGAAAAGCGCUCGUGAUGACGCAAGGAUAGCAGAACUCGAGGCAGGGCUGCGGGACCUGAAGGUCACGCGAGCUACGGAAAGUCACAUCAGCCCCCCGCCUGUAGUUGAUCAUGGCAUCGGCAGCGAUAUUCGGGGUAAUGCUACGGCGACGUUGGCAGCAACUUCUCGAGCCACCUCGGAUAUGAUCCCCGUCCCAGGCAUGGAGGAAACCUCGGAAGACUCCGACAGUUCUUCGCAAAGCUCCUCUGAUGACUCCGACGACGUCCCACAACGCCCAGCGAACCACGUCAAGAGCGAUAUCAAUGAGGAGGAUUCUGUCGGCAACAUCAAAACCGAGGAUGAAAGCCGCUACACACAUCUUGAGGGGGAGGACAUCUAUUCACCGUGA